AUGCCUUCGCCAACCACGGAUAUUAUGAUAGGCGUCGGCGUUGUUGGUCCCCUGGAAGGAGCAAUAGGUCCCAACGAGGCCUACGGACUUGCGCUCAGGUUUGGGGAGUAUCAAAACAGUGCCAGAUCCUGUGCUUGUCGGGGGAACACUGGCACCGUAAACUCCUUCACCGGUGUAGAUCAGGGUAACAUUACCGGCGGUGCGUACAACAUCUUCGGCUUGCUCAACCCUAAGAGGUGCUCAUGCUUCUUCUACCAACUCAUUCUCGCUGUCGUGCCGGAUUUUCCGAGGAGCCGCUUGCUCGAAGAUCCCCUCAGUCCGGCUUUGAAUCUGUUGUCCGACAAGUUGAAACCAUUCAUUGAUCCGGAGUGUGCAAAGAUCGCCAACAUCAACGACAGUUUUGCUGCCCAAUUUCCUGGCGUUGCCCUGGAAACCAAUAAUCGCCAGUAA